AUGGCCUCUUCUCCUUCUUCCGUAUUCAAACAAUAUACUGGCACCAUGAUCAACAAUUCCUGGUACUCAAUAUUUUGGCUUCCAUCAGUACCUAUUGCCUAUGAUAUGGAGGAGGUGGGGAGGCAGGUUGAUUUCCCUGAUGAUUUAACGGUCAGAGCCCUCACUCCUGAAGAGCCCU